UCUCUAGCGCUUAGAACUCUGCGCCUGCCAUUCCUCAAGACGUCACUUCCGCCGCCGCGCUUCCGUUUUGGUCGCAUGUGUCAGGUAAACAUCCGGUCUGUGCUCGCUGUCAGUCUCCCCGGGGCCGAGCCGAGACGUGCCGCAUGGUAGCGCCCAAUGGUCCGGGCGAUGUUCCGGCUGGCCCGUGGUUGCUGCAGGGCGAGGAGGAAGAUGCUGACGAGCUUUUCAUCAUGUCUGCCUCCAUGGUGACGCCGCUGAUGACGUGCAGCUCGGUGGCGGUGGAGCAGAGCGUCCUGCAGACCUUCUUCAGCCACCUGGGCAACUUCUCCUCCGACAAGGCCAAGGACAGCGCGGAGAAGGAGAGAGAGGCCAACAAGAAUGCCGGGGCCUCCUGGUCCUCCAUGCUGGCAGCCCUGGCUCACCUGGCAGCGGCCGAGAAGGCUUAUCACAGCAUGAGCUUCCUGGGGCAGAAACCGGGUGGCCAAUCGUUCUUCAGCCGAAAAGAUUCCAUCAGAACCAAUUACACAUCACUGUAUAAUGAACUCAAGAAGGUUGCAACCACUGGUAGAAAUGCCAUUGGUGGCACUGCUCCACACUUGGAAGAACUGCUGUCCCACAUUUCAGAGCAGCUGUGUUACUUUGUUCAGGCUCGAAUGGAAAUUGCUGACUUUUAUGAGAAAAUGUAUACUCUGAGCAAUCAAAAGUUCAUCAAUGCAGAGGAGCUAGUCAAUAUUUUAGAAAUCAUUUUAAAAAAGUACGAAUCAAGGUUUCACCAUCCAAUAUUGUCCCCACUAGAAAGUGGGUUUCAGCUAGAAGUCGACGUUCUCUCACAUCUACUGAAAGCCCAGAGUCUGAUAUUUGAAUGGAAAUUUCUCUUAUCACUGGUAAAUUUGCACAAUGCACACACAAAGCUACAGACCUGGGUUCAAAUAUUUGAGAAGCAAAAGGAAACCAAGAAACAUCUAUUUGGAGGACAAUCCCAAAAAGCUGUACAGCCUCCACAUCUCUUCCUCUGGUUAAUGAAGUUUAAAAAUCACCUUGUAGCAAAGUUUAGCUUCUACUUCCAUGAAGCUCUUAGUAGGCAGACAUCUGAAAUGAAGACUCUAACAGCUAAAACUAACCCAGACUACUUUGGAAAAAUCUGUAGCUUUAUUAGAAGAUAUGACGCUGGUAAUGUAUCCUUAAUAUUUGACAACAGGGGUUCAGAUAGCUUUCAAGGUCACGGUUAUCACCAUCCAGAUUCAUACAGAGAAGCUCCCAAAGGGGUAGACCAGUACCCAGCAAUAGUAUCAUUACCCAAUGACAGACCUAUAAUGCACUGGCCGAAUGUCAUCAUGAUAAUGGCAGACAAGAGUCCUGACCUCAACACCUUGGAAAAAGUGGUCUACUUUUAUGAUGACAAAGUUCAAAGCACAUAUUUCUUGACACGUCCUGAGCCUAAUUUUACGAUCGUGGUGAUUUUUGAAUCCAAGAAGUCCGAAAGGGAUUCUCACUUCAUUUCUUUUCUCAAUGAAAUCUCACAUUCCCUGAAAAGCUCAAGGGUAUUUGCAAGCUUGAAGCCAGGGUCCAAGGGUUAAAUUAAAUCCUAAUUAUAGAUAGAAGAAAAGUAUAGAAUUGCCCCCAUAAAGGGAUGUUAUGUUAUAGAUUAAACACCUGCUAAUUACAUGAAUAUAACACGGAGAGUGAUCUCAGGGGCUGUGCUAGUUCUCAUUUUACUCAUUUUAUUGUAGUUUUUUUUCUACUCCUCCCCCUCCCCUCCCCCCCAUCAGGGCUCUCUACAUUUCUAAUUUCUCAGUAUUAGGCCACACUCUCGCUGUUCUAGCUGGGGAUAACAUGAAACUUCUGCCAAUCGGCUUUUUCACAUUUGUCCAUACAAUUUUACAGACUUUUCAGUGUCAAAAAUAUUAUUGCUGCAUUUCUGUGGUCUAAUAAAAUAGCUGCAAAGAUACUGACAUACAAAGCGUCAGCAGAUACUUGUAGCAAAUCCAGAUGCUCUCAUCCAAAUGAUUUAGAAUGGUGCUGAGAAUUGUAGUCAUGGUACUAAGUUACAGAGUGUUGAGUAGUGAUUUGAUUUGUGUUGAUACAUAUUGAAAAGUUAUGUACCAGCAUCUAUUAAACAAUAAAAAAAAAAACAACCUCUUUAAUAUAUAAAAAAAAAAACGGUUCCUUAAACCAAAAGCUUCUGUUCAGAAGGACAAUACCUGAGGUUUAAGAGAUUUAUGCAACUUUAUUGAAUGUUUAUACCGUGAACAAUAUCAAAGGUGACCUAAAAGAGGUGAAAUAGGGAUGUGGUUGUAGUUUUUUCUUUGAUCUCCUUUCCCCUUCCCCCCAUUAGAUCCUAUUUGUGUAUCUGUCAUUAUUAUAUUCCUGCUUCUGUUAAGGUCCACACAAACAGAAGAUUUUUUACAUGCAUAAGACUAGCAUAUUUAAAUAUUGGAUCCUGGAGAUUUUUGGAUAUGUGAUACAUGAAAUGACUGUUCAGUGCAGAAUCACACCUAAGGUUGGUGCUCCUUUCACAUCAGUCUGUUUGUAGCGGUGCAGAGUGUUUUAAUUUGUCACUUUAAAAGGAGUUAGUUUUCAAACACGUUGGAAAAUUAUAGCGUUACUGACUACCAUACAUUGUGAAGAAAUUUCAAUUCCUUUUAGUACUUUACAACUCCCAGUUUAGUGGCUAAUAAAUGAUGCUUAGAUAUCGAAUUUUUGUUGUGGGGAUCUAGUAAACAUAUAUAUAUUUUUUUUUUAGACUCUCACAUACACCUGCUACACUUACUUCUGACACAGUAAUCACCAAAUUCAGUGCAGUAACGUUUUUUUUUAUUUUUCGUGGAACUCAUCCUCUUGUUAAGAGUUUGUAGACCCGCUGCUAUAUCUGAGACUUUUUACCAGUUAAUUUUAUUUGUUGUAUUUCUUAAACCAUCUGUCUCUAUGGAUGUUGAUGUCCCACCUAAGUUCUAUUUAUAAUCCAUAUUUGAGAGUUUAAAAUUGCAAGUAUAUUUUUUACACGUUGACCUUCACAAGGUUUCUCUUCUUUUUAUCAGAAUACUGAACUUUAAAAUGUGUUUCUUAAGAUGAAUAUUUUCAAAUGGUUAAGAAUAUAUGACCGCAAUACCUUUAGAAUAAAAAUGUUUUUAUUUUGUUUUGGUUUAACACGGGUAUAAAUGUGGACUGCACUAAUGGGUGGGUGCUUAAGUCACUACAUAAGCUGCUAAAAUUAAAUUCAUAUUGCAAUUAU